AUGAGGCCGAACGGCAGCGCGCUCGGCGUGCAGGACGUUCAGAAUCUCAUCAACCACAUUGCCCUACCACCUCAGUUGCCACAGGCAGAAGAGCCCGACCCUUCCACUAUCGACAAAAACAUCUUACUCCUCCUGCAAACUGCCGGAAAGACAUUCGAGCAUCGCAACUGCGCUGCUUGGACUUCAGUCACCAAGAUGCUCUCAACGCUGGCCAAGACUGAGAGAGCAAAGACUUUAAGCGACGGUUUUCUCAUCACCCAUAUGGAAGCCUCGGGCCCCGGUGACUGUAUAGCUUUGAAUCUCCCCUCGCAUAAUUCGGCUCUCCUGUUCUUACGUAAGAGCCCAGAGACCAUUGUCAUCGAAGCUUUCGAAGUGUCCGCGACCAACGAGAGUAUCAUGAGCACACAAGGUCGUUUGACAAGACAUUUUCCUAGUCGUGCGGUUGCUUGUCCGUCCAAGAAGUUCUUCGACACAUCUUUCCAGGCCGAACUACACAUCGCACUUCGCCGACUUGGGUCUGAAGGACCACCAAAGUCUUAUCAACCCAAGACCAUUCGAUCGAACAAUGCUCUGCACGAAACAAGAGAAACGAUGCAUCCUGGAUUCGUGAACGAUUACCUCAUGACGAUUCUCAGCGUGGUCGGGCAAAACCACCCCUCGAUCACCAGCCAAAAGAGCACUCGCGAUGACGUUCUCUGGAAAGACACUAAGUACUGCUGGCGAAGACAACCCUUUUGGAUAUUCUGCAAGGUCGCGAUCUUGCGGACGCUUCUGCUCACUUUGUCACCAGAAGAAGCUCGAGAGCAGUACAAGCUCUUCAUGAUUGACGUCGUAGCCUGCCUUUUGAAACGUUCUCGCGAGAUGCCGAUUGACUUACAAAUGCUGUCUGUUGUUCAUGUCAAGCUUGCUCGACGUGCUUUGAAGUUCGAACAACAGUACGGCAAGUCGCCUGGCGACCAUGUUCUGUCGAUUUCCAGCAUCGUCCGAGCGACUCUGGAUGAGACCUGGACCCAGCAUAUCGCAAGGAUUGAGAGUCUUGGAGAAGUUGCUGUGCAGGGGUGGGAGGAUGCCACUUCCCUAACUCUACCUAAUAUUAGGGAAAAGUUGGCUCGUGUGUUAUCCUCUUCGAAUGGUGCAGGCAAAGUGCCCAAAUUCACCCCAGAAUCACAGACACGUCACUCGCAGGAUUACAAGGUGCUUCCAUCUCUCGGGUCGUCGGCCUCCGCUAAGUUUCCGGUUACACAUCUUGUAGACCUUGAGACCUGGGUAGAGCACCAUCUUUCUGCCUGGACUAAACUUGCCUUGCAGAAGAACAUCGCUGAGCCUUGCGAAAAGCUCCUGAAGACAAUCACAGAGUACUGGAAUCAGGCUGCCACUGCAUAUCAUGGUAUCCCUCGCGAGAUGUCGCACACCUUGCUCGUGAUCAUGGAGCUCUGGGUCGCGCUCGAUAAAAUCAGCUGUCUGCAGACCCCUUUGAUGGCGGAGUAUCCUCCCGAGGUACCUACCGAUAUCCUCCAACCCCUGCUGCUUCCCACAACAUCUCAGAUGGAACGUCUUUCGGCCAUUGAAUCAUACAUCGACAGACGCUGGUCACAAGCAGUUCAUCUUGAGCAUAGUGCCUUCGAGUAUCCAACGUCGAGCAGUUUCACUGUUCGCUUCUAUGAUAUCUCACCGUCUCUUCAGGAUCUCCAUGCAAGGAUUAAACAAUCUGAUGAUGACGCAAGGGCAGCGAAAGUUCAAGAAUUAGCCAUAGCAACGCACAGGUAUGAGCAACUCAUGGCAGAAGCUGAUCAACUUGAGCACACUUAUGACUAUAACGAUGAAGAAGAAGAUGAUGAUGAUGAGAGUCAUGACGAAAGUGGUUGCGUCAAAUGUCAGAAAGAGUCUGAGGCAAAAGACAUGACUAUCAAGUACGUCGAAAAGUCACUUCCAACAAAUCUUGUUCAGCUCAAAGCUGCCGUCUUUGAGCUACAGACACCCGCUCAAUUUGCUGCUUGGAGAGACGCCACUUGGUUCAUUCUCAACGACAUUGGUCAACGAAAAGUGACCACUGGUGGGCCAGCACAGACCACGGUACUUACCUAUGAUCAACUGAGGAGAUAUGCUGCCUGCAAGACUACACGCAUUACUCUGGGAUCCUCGACGAAACCCACCGCUAUCAGAUCUCACUACAGAGACAAAGCCCUCCCUACUACAAUGAAGGAGCUGUUCGUUGAGAACUCUCUCAAAUACAAAUUAUGGGAUGUGUCGGCGAGUACCUGGGUGGUCUGGCCUGGUGUCAAGCCAGACUUCAAGACUCACUGCACUCUCACCCUACCCUCUGGGCCAUACGAGGAUCUCGAUUGGGCCAUACGCACUAGCCAGCAUACUAGCAACGAAGUCAUAUCACGACAGCACGAAUGUGAUGUCCGCCUCGAGAAAAACGAGUUUCUUUCUUUCGGCAAUCUCAGGGCUGGCGAGCGAAUCCAGUGGAUUAACAUCCUGCGUGAGCUAGGAUGUACAAAUCUGGAUUUCACACAUCCUGCCGUAACGACUGCUAUUCUUCAAGCAGCUUGGGAGGCAGGCAGUCCGUCCAACGAUAUCCUACGAAAUGCUCAUGCUGAAUUUGCCAGCCCCUUGUUUUGUUCAAAGCUCCUCAGUAUGCUACAUCGAAGGCUGAUUGCCAUCGAGAACAACUGGGACAGACAGUACAGCAUGAUGGCUGUGAUUCAACUUACUCUUCGUCUGACGUCCUUGACUUCUGACACUGAUACCGAAUUGGGUUGUCUUCAGCUUCUGCGCAGAGCAAGAAGAGUCGCGCUGGACUGGUGUCAGCAGAUUGAGUUGCACAUUUAUCAAACCCCUGGCAAUGAGGAGAUCCAAAACGAUGGCGUUAAGCGUAUUCUUCUUGCCGCGUUGCUGUGCUAUAGCACAUUUGAUGUCGAGGAUCAGUAUAUUGAGCAGCUGUUGAACUCUGCUGAGGAUCUUGCACUUGCCAUCGAAGCGCAGUCAAUCGUUUGCGACAAUACACCUUCAGACAAUACGGCUCUCUGUCUCUUGCUUCGGCAAAGCCUCGUUGGCCAUCUGAAGAUUGCUCACAAACUUGAACCUCGUAUUCAUGGUAUCCUUCGUCAGCAUGGUGCCGGUAUCACCUCAGCCGUACAAAAGAUUUGGAAUGGCGUAUGCUUGGAGCCUACAUGGUAUGUAUUGUCGAACAGUGCUCUUUCAUGGGUGCAAAACAAGACAAUUCCUGUAGGAUUUGGUCAGGCUCAACAGAUCGACUACAACCUCCUCAGCGGUAGUUUGCUCGUGGAUGGCAAGCCGAUGGGGAAGGUCCCUGACAAUAUCAAGAGCGAUCCCUUGGUUUUACAACUGUUUGGUAAUUCCGUCCUUCGAGUCUUUGCAUCGGAUGACCCUGACAUGGACUACCGGGUGUCGCAGCACAUUGAAGGCAAUGAAGUCCAUCUUGGAGUGAGAAACCACGAGGUUGUCAUCAAGAGUCGGGUCCAUGAUCAGACGUACUACGCUCUGCCUCGGGAGACGUUCAAUGACGCUCUCCCAGAUCAUUUUGUCAAGUCUUUCCACCACUGGAUGAACGAGAGCACUGGUGAGGUUGAAUUCCGACCCCUCGAUCAGCCUUGGCAAGCGAGUCAAAACAAUUGGAGAAUGUGCUUUUCGAGCUUGAAUUUCGUUACCGCACAAGCUAUGCUCCAACAAGGUUCCAAACGCCUCAUUGAUAUUCACAGUAAGGUGGGCAAAACCGUCACGUCCAUCUUUUGCACACUUGACGAUCCUCUACAUUGUCACAUCAUCUUCGAUGACUCGCAUCGCGCACAGCUGAAAGUUGAGUUACCGCGUUACGAUCUUCAUUUCAUCAUAUCUGAGAAGGGUGAAACCAAAUCCCUUGAGUUCAAUGCUGUAGUGGAUGAAGACCAGGCAAUUGGUACCUUUAUAGGUCUCCAGAACAAGCUGGUGCUCCGCAGUAUUGUCCCGCCGGGCUGUCCGCAGGAACGUCUAGUUCUGGUACCAUUUGGACCAAUCAGUGUUGAGCGGACUGAGAAUCAUGUGUCUGUAUCCAUUAACGAUAGCACAAAGCUCAAGCGACGCCACUUUGUCUACACAGUGGAUAGACAUCUUCGCAAACUCAGAGGUGCUCAGGAUCUGCUUGGCCAUCUAUACCAGGCUUAUCUUCAUGCUAUCACGUCAUACUGUCUUCCUGACUCUUUCACUGGAAGUACUGGGACCGAAGAAGCUCUCAACAUAUUGGGAAGUGCAUUCAUGUUUACCUCAUCUGGGCUGCAGCCAGAUGAGAUAGAACUUUUGGAAAAGAUUUCAUGCCUGACACCUUCGCGUCAGUUCUAUCCUCGAGGACGCAGAGUCAUGCAAACAGUAACUUGGGAUCCUGAUCUUCCCAUGUUAUCUCAACACGAUGAUUUUGUGUUGGCCUCCCAAGCAAUCGUACAGCAUCACCGGAAGUACGAGCUGGCAUGCGGUCAACGAAACGACACAAGCAUAAAGAUAGAUCGUGGCGACACACAUCUGCUUGAGCGAGCUCGAAAGAGAAACUCUGUCACCACAAAAGCUGGUCUUAUAUCAAGUUUGACCCCGCGUGAGCACGAUGAUGUUGUCUACAGUGCUCGAGACGCCUUCAAUAGGGACCUACGGGCUCGAAAAGUGCAUGAGAUUGCAACGCUAGUUCAAGAAUGGCCUUCCUACACCUUUGUUUACGACGACCUCGCAUACAUUCUCGAGAGUUGGGAGAGGGUAUCUGGCUACCAGAGCUCUUUCAAUCCCAAGAAAGCACUCAUGCACAAUCUGACAACUAUCCGGCUUGCGGACCACUGGGGAUCACUUUACGAGAUGUGUCGAAAGGCCGAUAGAAACUCUAUGGCAUACCCACUGCUCUUUACGUUUUCCGCCAUGACUUUUGGAGUAAAAGAUGAAGAGAUACUUGGCCUUCGAACACUCCUCGCGUUUGCUAUGUCUCCAUCGUUUCUCUGCGAAGAUCCCCCGGCGCACCAUGAAUCCUACGAUCUAUCUGCUGGCGCUUCAGCAAACUUUGAGCAGAUCAACAAGAUGAUCAAAAACCGCGCAGAGUACCCAAGUAAGCCUAAGUACGCCUCACAGCAGCAGAAAUGUACAUGGGCCAGAGAAAGAGACGCAGUCAAUUACCAAGUCGAUCAAGUCACUGAGUUCAUUUUUAAGCAGUGGCCUUCUGAAAGUGUAAAACUGCCCGAGGGAAACUUUCCCGGUAUUCCCAUGCUGCGUGUCCUUCAAGAAUGUCAAAUUUUGUGGUCCAAAUGGUACAAGAAUAGUCGCUUCUUGACCCAUAUUGCAUCUGUCAGCAACAAGCUCAAAACUAUUUACUGCCCACAGAAGGACUGUUCUUGGUCAGGGGUGCCGCUAGUAAACCACGUUCAAUCUCACGAUUAUCUAUUGACGCUGGACUUGGACUUUUUACUCUCGUGUGACGAAACAAUUACUCAAUCGAGGAUUGUUGUACAGCCUCCUGUUCCCCUGACUUGGUCAGCCAAGUCUGGAGGCAAAGAACAAUCAGACAUCACCUCCUUGAACAGACUUGUGGACAGCCUGGCUUCCAAGGGAGGCACUCAUGAGAAGUACGCCUCUAUCUUGCGGUCGAGCUUGCAUGCCUUUCAUCAACUCGAACAUUCAUCUAUUCAUCAACAGCCACCAUUGAAAGUCGAAGCAUUCAACGACUUUUGUUCUGAUCUUCUUGAUUCGGUCAAGGCACAAUUGCAAGCCAUCCACCAUGAUCUGGGCCCGUCAGGCUCCGCAGAGACUAUACUGGCUAAUGCAGACUUAUGGCCCCGUACCUCCGAAUCGGCUCUGCUCAGCUAUCUUUCAAGCGCGAAGAUCUCGAAACUAGCUCCUGCAUGGAAGGCUACAUUGUUGAAUUUCGCUGAGAAGAUUGCUUCCUUGCAGCGAGCCGAACGCAUGCUGAGGUCGGCCAAGCUCCAGGAUUAUCGUACCCUUUGUAAAGAACUUGAAACGCCUGGUAGAGAAGGAUGGUCCCUACACGAACAUCCUAGCUGGCUCCUCCUGGAGAUUGAGAACAACAUCACUAUUCGCCCAUUGCAAGCCAAGGUUGCUAAGGAAAUGAUGUCUCCAAGCUCUGGUGCUAACUCUGUCAUGCAACUGAACAUGGGUGAAGGUAAGUCGUCAGUCAUCAUACCAAUGCUGGCUACCGCACUGGCCGAUGGACACCACUUGGUGCGUGUAGUAGUCCUCAAAUCGCUUUUGCGACAGACAGAACAAGUCCUUCUGCAGCGUCUGGGCAAUUUACUAGGACAUCGCAUCUGUCACAUCCCAUUCUCUCGCAAGACCAGAAUCGACGGUGAAACCAUCUGCGGCAUGUCCGAAAUUGCAACCGACUUCUGCAGCAAUCGAGGAGUAAUGGUCGCUUUGCCUGAAGAGAUUCUCUCAAUGAAGCUAAUGACCAGAGAAAAGAUCGUCUCUGACAAGGAUCUGGCUGCAGCUAUCUUGGAUCUCCAAAACUCUUUAAAGAACAUCUGCCGCGACAUCAUCGAUGAAAGUGAUGAGAUUCUUGGCAUCCGAUCUCAGCUUAUCUAUCCGGUCGGCAGUCAACAUAUGCUGGACGGAAAGGAUGAUCGCUGGCUUGUCGCGCAAGGUGUGCUUCGCCAAGUGAAGCAUCACGCGUUGAGCCUCUCGAAGCAAUUUCCUUCAGAGAUCAACGCGACCAUGGGCAAAAAGUCCAUCCCUGACAUCAAUUUUCUGGAUCCUGCUGUAUUCUAUCGCCUUCUAGAUUUGCUUGUCGAUGAUGCUCUCGAAGGUCAAAUCGCUGGUGUGGCUUUACACUACUUCUCAGUCGAGGACAAGAUUGCCAUUCGAAACUUCAUCCAUUACCGCGAGGUUUCUAAACAAGAUCUUGCCACUCUCCACAAGAAUUGUAUCGGUUCAUCACACUGGAACACGAUUCUUAUUCUUCGCGGUUUGUUCGCUCGUGACAUUUUAUCUUUUGUUUUGCUGCGCAAAAGAUGGCUCGUUGAGUACGGGCUUGAUCCGGCUCGCUGCCUGAUGGCUGUUCCAUAUCAAGCAAAAGGCGUGCCGACUCAGAACUCUGAAUUUGGUCACGCGGACGUCGGUGUCGUUUUGACCUGCCUGAGCUACUAUUACACUGGUUUGAGCAUGGCACAGGUUGAAGAUUGUUUCAGAAUCUUGCUUAAGGAUACCAAUGCUCAGGACAUUUACACUGGUUGGGCAUUGGCAAGCAAUCUUCCUGCCAAUUUCUCCUCAUUGGACUCCAUAAAUUUGGACGACCGCCUUCUUUGCCAAAAAUCACUCUUUCCUAAACUGCAGUACACCCUCGAGUGUAUUGAUUUCUUCCUAAACCAAGUCGUUUUCCCAAAAGAGGGCAAAGAGUUUUCGAAGAGGCUGUCCGCUUCUGGUUGGGACAUCCCCUCAUCCUCUGCAUCCUUGGAUCUGGUCACCACAGGUUUCAGCGGGACCAACGACAGUCGUGUUAUUCUACCUUACUCAAUUGAGCAGCAAGACCUCGAUGAGCUGCAGCAUACUAAUGCCAUGGUGCUGAAUCUUCUUCUACGCCCCGAAAAUCAGAAGUACAUACACGGAGGCAGCGACCAAGGUGGAAAGCUUUCUGUUACAGAGCUACUGAAGCUCAUCUCCCAGCAGAAACCAGUCAUAGAUGUACUCAUCGAUGUUGGCGCUCAAGUUCUGGAGGCUACAAAUCUUGAGCUUGUGCAGCAGUGGCUCCGGUGUAGAACUGAUGCGAAAGCCGCUGUCUACUUUGACGAACGGGACGAGCCGAUGGUCUUAGAUCACCGCGGUGUUGUCACUUCUUUGCGAAUAUCCCCCUUCUCUGGCAAACUUGGAGGUUGUCUGAUUUACAUGGAUGAAGUCCAUACCCGUGGAAUCGAUCUGGCGAUUCCUAUUGGAGCUCAUGCCGCCGUCACAUUAGGACCCCGUCUUGUCAAGGAUCGUCUGACUCAAGCAUGUAUGCGUCUUCGUCAGCUAGGCAAAGGACACAGCUUGUGUUUCAUCGCACCAACCGAAGUUCAUAGAAGCAUUCUUGACUUGAAAGGCUGCGACGACGAAACCAAUCUAUCAUCGUACGACGUCUUGGCUUGGUCUAUGAAUCAGACCUGCCAAUCUCUCGAGGCUGCAAAACCCUUGCGAGCGAUGCAGGGUCUUGAGUACUCUCGCCAACAAAAGAUUAUCUCCGAGUACCUGCCUGCUAACCUAUCAUCAACAUCUCUUGCUGCAGAUGAGGUGAGAUCCCGACAGUUCUGGAAUGAGAUUCAAGAAGAUGAAUCUCGGAGCUUGGAGCGCCUGUACGGAGUGCAGGAAGAACAUAUCGGUGCACUACAGCGUCUGUUGGACCGCAAAUCAAGCGACCCAAUGAUGCAACAUCUCGUCGGCGAGUAUGACUCCAUGAACAAAGCUGCCAUUGAAGACUGUGACGUCGACAAUGAGCAGGAGCGUGAACUCUCCCAUGAGAUCGAGAGACAAGUUAAAGUCGAGCUUCCUCCUCCAGCGCCUCCUCGUCAGCAUGCCAUCAGUGAGGGUGUUCGUCGAUAUAUCGACACUGGAAACUUCUCAGACCUUGCAAUGUGCGGGGUCAAACGUGCAUUCAAGGCUAUGGAAGACACCAGCGCAGCCCAUACGCUCGAACAGCAACAGAUCGAUCCUGGAGUCUUCAAUGUGUUUGUCAGUCAGGACUUCUGGCACACUGUGGAACUGCCGCAAUCGUCAUCUCGUGAUCAGUACAUGCGGCCAGUCAACUGGAUCUUGAGAAGCACUGAGCACACUUAUCUCCUGAUCAUCAGCCCUUUUGAGGCCAAUGAGCUACUUCCCCAGAUCAAGAGGUCGAUGAAGAUACGCCUGCACACUUAUGCUCCUCGCAUGGUCAGGGCCAUGGUUUCAUUCAGCGACUUGAACUUCUACACACCCAACGCCAGAUCCAGUGAUCUUUCGUUCCCAAUCGCUGGUGUACGUGCCCUCAAUCUCUUCGCAGGGUCUCUAUACCUAGACAGCAAAGCCGAAUACGAAGCUCUUUGCAGUGGCUUGGGUCUCAUAACUCAACAUCAUUAUGCUGAAGGUGUGUCAGUACAAAGCGAUGGCUUUGUUGCACCCCAGGAUCGCAAGAGAAUUGGUUGUCUCGGUCCCUGUUAUUUCUCGAAGUCCCCUCUGCCAUUCUUGAAGGAACUUUUCGUGCUCCGUAGGAAUGGUCAGGGCUUCGGUCAUACUCACAUGGGUCAUUUACUCGGCGGAAGAGAGUUGAGAGCUGACGCUUUUGAUGGCUGUACGGGGGAUGGAGCAGAAGAGGCGGAUGACACAGACGAGGAGACCCGGGAAAGAACAGAAGAACCGAGCGGUGAGACUGAACAGACUUGCCACGUUCCUGGUGCGUGGUACACUGGAGAAGAUCUGAUUUCCAGCUCCAUAAACCAAACACUCGUUCUACGUUGA